CACCGCGGGAGGCGCUGCGGAGCCGCCAGCUCCGGGCCCCGGAUGGAGCCGCCCCGCCAUGGCACCGCCCGCAGCGCGCCUGGCACGGCUGUCCCGCGCCGCGAGCUUCAGCGCCUGCCACCGGCUGCACAGUAAAUCGCUGAGUGAUGAAGAAAACCUGAAACUCUUUGGGAAGUGCAACAAUCCCAAUGGCCAUGGUCACAACUAUAAGGUUAUAGUCACAGUGCGAGGAGAGAUUGACCCCGUCUCAGGAAUGGUUAUAAACCUGACAGACCUGAAAGAGUACAUGCAGCAGGCGAUCAUGGAGCCGCUCGACCACAAAAACCUGGAUAAGGACGUCCCCUACUUUGCUGAGGUGGUGAGCACCACAGAGAACGUUGCAGUGUUCAUCUGGGAAAACCUCAAGAGGCUCCUGCCAGCGGGAAUGCUUUAUAAAGUCAAGGUAUAUGAAACGGACCAGAACAUUGUGGUCUAUAAAGGAGAAGAAACAAUUUCUGAGAGGUGAAAUGAGCCAAAACUCAGCUGGUUGGAAACUGGCACCUGCUCACAUCAGUGACACCAUCAGCCCUGCUUGCUGUGUCCUGCACCAAAGUGUUGGUUAUGCACUGCAGAAGGACCAACCCAGAUGAUUCUUCUGCAAGAGAUCUUGCAGCAGUUUGGGUUAUCACAAUUCACUGAUGUGUCUGCCUUUAACCAGGACGUUCCUGUUUCAUAUAAAACCAGACUGCUGAGCUGAUGUGGAGUCUGCAAUUGUACUAUGCUAAAUAAAACAGCUUUCCAGAGA